AUGUUGGCCGCGCGGAUGCGACUCGGCGCCCUUACUAGGGGUCGUUGCCAGAAAUUUACCGUAUAUCCGACUAUAAAUCAGAUCCUGCGUCCGAGUCCGUCUUCGUCUAGUCGCUUUGUCAGCACACUUCCAGCCGCAGACCCGUCCUUAUCGUCCCAACCUUCUCUCUUACGUCGUGCCGUCUCCGUUAUAGCUAUCGGUCUAUUUUUCACCACCCUCGGCAUCGCAAUGGCAGCAGCACCGGCAGCGCCCAUCGUCAACCAUCUCCUCAACCCGCCCACGGACGAGGAGACCUUGACCAUGUUCGAGCCGAAAACGGACCACGAGCGCGAGGUCGAGGAGUUCAUCAACAAUCACCCGCUGACUAAGGAGAUGCGGUCCAAAGAGGAAUUCUACGAGUCGAGACCGCAUCUCAAGAUCCCGGCCCCUUACCGGACCUAUAACCUGACGGCUGGCACGCUUAUGGGACCGGGUAGGGUGGUCGUACCCCCGGUAGCCUUCGUCGAGGCGGGCGGCAAGUCACUCGUCUCGAUAUCGUACCUAGGUCACGAGCUAUGCGGCCAUCCGGGCAUAGUGCACGGCGGGCUCCUCGCGACCAUGCUCGACGAGGGUUUAGCACGAUGCUGCUUUGCCGCAUUGCCGCACAAGGUGGGCUUGACCGCCAACCUAAACAUCAACUACCGUGCCCCAGCACAUGCAGAUUCGUACGUCGUGCUCAGAGCUACGACGACCAAGGUAGAAGGACGUAAGGCCUGGGUCGAGGGCCGUAUCGAAACCCUAGUGGGCGAAGGCGAGACUCCGGUGGUUCUCGCAGAGGCGACGGCUUUGUUCGUGUCUCCUAAACACGCAGCGGUUCAUGAUGAUGAACUUGUACCCGACGGCAUAAGGGUAGACGAUGACACGGUGAUGAAUAGACUUUUAGAUGGGGAUAGACAAGACUUUACGCCUGGCACGGAGUUGGAACGAGAGCUGGUAAUGCUUGAUAUUUGUUUAUUUUCGAGCAACAUAACCUGGCACCCCUCCCUCUCGCGCAGCGAGCGCAUCGCCCUCCGCGGCCAGCGCGGCUUCACGCUGUGGUUCACGGGGCUCAGCGCCUCGGGCAAAUCCACGGUGGCCACCGCGCUCGAGCAGCACCUGCUGCACCUGAACGUGGCCGCGUACCGCCUGGAUGGGGACAACGUGCGCUUCGGGCUGAACAAGAACCUGGGCUUCAGCGACGCGGACCGCCAGGAGAACAUCCGCCGCAUCGGCGAGGUCGCCAAGCUGUUCGCCGACAGCACCCAGGUCGCCAUCACGUCCUUCAUCUCGCCCUUCCGCGCCGACCGCCAGCUCGCGCGCGACCUGCACGCCCAGGGCGACGACCCCAUCCCCUUCGUCGAGGUGUACGUCGACGUGCCCAUCGAGGUUGCCGAGAAGCGCGAUCCCAAGGGCUUGUAUAAGAAGGCGCGCGCGGGCGAGAUCAAGGAGUUUACGGGCAUCAGUAGCCCCUAUGAGGCCCCUGAGAAUCCCGAGAUUACCAUCCGCACGCACGAGAACUCUGUCGAGGAGUGCGUUGUGCAGAUCGUGAAGUGGCUUGAGGAGAAGGAUUUGAUUCCUACCAAGACUGUUACGGCUACGGCUGCUGAUGCCGCGGGAGGUUCUGGCACUGCUGCUCUUGCUUCGUGA